AUGGCCUACCAGCAGCAGCAGCAGCAGCCUCAUUCGCAGCAGCACCAGUCCGACAGUCGCAAUCCCAAUCGGCUCAACCUCAACUUUGGAUUCGCAAACUCUCCCAACUACGCCGCCGAGCAAGGUCGUGCCUUCCCUACCACGCCCUCUACCUUUCCACAGCCCUUCCCAAAUCAGAACGGCCAGCAAGAGGUCUGGGGAACCCAGCAGACCACCAGCGGCAUCAAUAAUCAGGGCUACUUCUACAGCAACCCGAACGCCUACCAGGCCCAAUAUACUAGCAAUGCCUCCCCUGGCGUGGGUCACCGAUCGCCAGCUGCCUUCAACGAUGUGACCAACGGUCUUGCACACCAAUUCCAACAUCAGAACUUGGGAGGAAAUACCCCUCGCUCGGCCAGUCCGUACGGCAGGCAAGCGUCUCCAGCAACUGGGCGCCCACGCACUGCCGGAGCAACGGGAACGCAGUACAACAGCUUCCUGAGCGCGCCAGUGCCUGCCGUUCCGCAGCCUGCGAGCAUCUACGAUGACGAGCCACCACCGAAGAACUCUGAGAAGUACUCGACUGCAAUCACGGAGCGGGUAAAGGUACAAAAGAUGCUCACUCAGGAGUUCUUCAAGGAGAACGUCGAGAGAGCCCGUGCACGCAAUGAGAGGUUUGUCAAUAGCUGAGAUGCACGGAAACGCAAGUGACUAACAAAAUGCAGAGCAAAGGAGCUUGAUACGAUCAUGGCCUCUGAGGCUUCAGAGCAGUCCAAAGAACGCAAGAAGCACAGCAUGCGGAAGGCUGAGGCCAACUUCCUUCGUUUUUUACGCACGAGCGAAAAGCCCUCGAACUACAACACUCUCAAGAUCAUUGGUAAGGGCGCCUUUGGUGAGGUCAGACUCGUGCAGAGACGCCACGACGGCAGAAUAUACGCCCUGAAGUCUUUGAUCAAGCAGGAGAUGGUGAGUUGGCUUCCCGUGCGCUCGAUGUUGGAUAGCAUUGACACAGAAUACAGCAUAAGAAGGAUCAGCUCGCUCACGUUCGCGCUGAGCGUGAUAUCCUUGCCAAUGCAGACAGCCCGUGGCUGGUCAAGCUGCAUACAUCUUUCCAGGACAGCACUUUCCUCUACAUGCUGAUGGAGUUCCUCCCUGGUGGGGACUUGAUGACCAUGCUCAUCAAGUAUGAGAUCUUCUCUGAAGACAUCACCAGAUUCUACAUGGCAGAGAUCACUCUCGCGAUUGAGGCCGUGCACAAGCUGGGUUUCAUCCAUCGGUAAAUCACUACUUUGAGGCGCAGUGGGCCACUUGCUAAUAAAGUGUAGUGACAUCAAGCCUGACAACAUUCUCCUUGACCGCGGCGGACAUAUCAAGCUCACCGACUUCGGUCUUUCCACCGGCUUCUCAAAAGAGCACUCGGCAUCGUACUACCAGCAACUAAUGUCUCAGAGCAAGCAAAAGUCCGCUGCCCAGAACCGGAACAGCGUCUCCAUCGACCAGAUUCAACUCACUGUCUCCAACCGCAACCAGAUCAACACAUGGCGGAAAUCUCGACGCCAACUCGCUUACUCCACCGUCGGUACUCCAGACUACAUCGCGCCGGAAAUCUUUAGCGGCAAAGGCUACGACUUUGGCUGCGAUUGGUGGAGUGUUGGAACCAUCAUGUUCGAGUGCCUGGUUGGCUGGCCACCAUUCUGCGCCGAGGAGCCGCAUGACACCUAUCGCAAGAUUGUCGACUGGCCUCGACACCUUAACUUUCCACCAGACCAACAGCUGGGCCCCGAGGCUGAACAUUUCAUUCGAAGGUGAGUGACCCAAUGACAGCAUUGGCACUGAAUCAUGGUUACUGACCUUUUGCGUGCAGUCUUAUUUGUGACUCUCAAAACCGACUUGGUCGAGUCCAUGGCGCCGCCGAGCUCAAGGCCCAUCCUUUCUUUCAUGGAGUCAACUGGGAUCAGCUGCGUCGGAUUCGUGCUCCCUUCGAGCCCAAAUUGCAAAGCAAUGUCGAUACUCAGUACUUCCCGAUCGACGAGAUCCCGCAGGUCGACAAUUCGGCCGCGCUGCGUGCUCAAACUGAAGCUUCGAUGGGCCAAGAGGAGUCGACGUUGAGCUUGCCGUUCAUCGGCUAUACCUACAAGCGAUUCGAUGCUUUCCGUGGCAGUUGA